GGUGCAUAUAUAGUGGGUACGGUGCAGCUGUAUGCUGGUGUUUCUACGAUCUCCAGUCCAGAUCCACCAACCACUCUGAUUACUCGGACAGCUAUCAAGAGAAGGAAACAUGUCGGAAACAAUGGUCAACAUCGUUGUUGGCAACAUCACUAUGGUUGAUCCUGAAGUUUACAGAUAUUGGUUGGAUGGUUAUUCUGCUUAUGAAGCGGCCAGGAGGAGACACCAGAAGGUCAAUCGCGAGAAGCCAGGCUACUCCUUUGAGAUCAUCAAGAACGAUACAGAUGAUAACUACAGGGCCUUCAUAGCCAUGGAGAAGCACCUACAGAAUCCACUUACUCUUGCCAAUCAACCGUUAUUUCAACUGCCUCCAGACAUGCAAGGGUUCCUCAUAGAAAAUUUCUAUGAAUUAGAUUCCUCUGUUGCAAGGGAAAUCCUUGGUAAGAAACUCUCUAGCAGGCACAGGAAGGACUUAGAUGAGAUCAGAGACAAGACCAAUGUCGCUCUUAGAAGCUGCAGAAGACAGUAUGAUAAUUUCAAAAGAGUUUUCAAGACAGUUGAGGAUAUGGAAGGCCCUAUGGUGAAGAACAUCCAAAAUCAUUUUCUCCUCUCGCAAGAGCUAGCCAAGAAGUAUGCUGCCAUCGUAUUCUUUGCCAACAAUCGGUUUGAGACUGGUAAGAAGCGUGUUCAGUACCUGACCUUCAACGACCUAGCCUACUGUGCUGAUGAAAUGAUCAGCAGUUGGACUGCUGGUUCUGUGGAUUCUAGAAAAGAAGACUUAGAUGCAGAUUUUGACCGGGAAUUUCUUCAGAUGCUGAGAGAACUCAAGUUUCUGGCGUAUGAUAAAGAUGCAAGUGACCAACAUAGAACAUUGGUGUGCAACUCCAUUAAAGGCAAGAUCACAGAUCGGGCCUAUUCAGAUAUCGAAGGGGAUUUCAAGACUGUUUCUCGAGCCAUCAUCAGCAUUGCUUGUGGAAUGAUACACUCAAAAGAACUCAGGGACUUCUUCAAUGAUGUCAUAGAGAAGAUUGUUGAGCCAUGUAGACAGUCGUUCUGGACGGCAGAUGAUAUGAGCAAGUUUCUCACUGUGUAUACCAGCAGUAGUUACCAAGUUGAAGCAAUGGGCAGGCAUCCACGGCUACAUUCCACUCUGGAGCGUUACAUGUCAACCCUCAGGAAGUGUGUCAUUAGGAUGUAUCACAGCUGAUUGCUGCUCAGACACUGUGUGUGCAAGAGACUUAUGAGAAAUACUAUAUAUAUAUAUGUAUAGCGAACCCAUGAGGUGUGCUUAUAAUCCAGACUGAUAUGCGGAAACAAGACCGAGGAUUGUUGGAAGAGCUCUGAACAAUUAGUCAUGCAGUUUUUAGUUCUCACAUCUCUAUAAACUACUGAGAAAUACUGUAUGAAGCGAACCCAUGGAGGUGUGCAGGUACAAUGUUGAACGUAAAAUCCAGACUGAAACGAGUGUGGAAACAAGACCUAGGAUUGGUGGACAAGGUUUUUCUGAUGUUUCAUGUGGUCAUCCGUGACCUUGUAUCUCAAUUUUAAUACAACAUAUUAAUGAUAAUAAUAACAUAGGGUAUUUAUAUUGCGCACAUAUCCACCUUGUUAGGUGCUCAAGGC